UAUAUAUAUGUUGUUGUUGUUUCACUCAUUCAUUCAUGAACACGAGUCCUAUUCUUUCUGUUCUGAUAAAGAAAAACACUAAGCAUUAGCAAGGGUCAAUUUCCAAUGGCUAUGCUCACUAUCCUAUCUUUCUCUACUAAAUUUCUGCCUUUCAUCUUUCUCAUUCUUCUCUCAUCUUCCCUUCACGUACUCCCCGAUGCUUCCGCUUCUAACAGAGAAACGCUCGAGAUUAUUAUAGGUGGCGGCGGUGGUGGUUAUUAUGAGGACUGUCCACCACCACCUCCUCCUCCAGAACCCGAAUGUCCACCUCCUCCUCCACCACCGUCUCCACCACCACCGUCUCCACCUCCGCCGUCUCCACCUCCGCCGUCUCCACCUCCGCCGUCUCCACCUCCGCCGUCUCCACCUCCGCCGUCCCCGCCCCCACCCUCACCCUCACCCCCACCACCGUCUCCAUCUCCGCCCCCACCACAGAAGUCAAGACUUGAAAUGGUCAGGCCUUACAUUGAAAAGUUGCGGAAAAGAAUCACGGGCGACCCAAAACACAUCUUAAGAACCUGGAAGAAGGACGGUGAUAUUUGCCAAUACACAGGCUUAUACUGCGAAAAGGUGCCAGAUUACAAAGAACAGGCACUCGCCGGUAUCGACUUCAACAGUUACAAUCUUAGCGGUCCCAACUUAACACUUGAUGGCAUCAUCGAAAAUCUCGUCGACCUCGCUAUUUUCCACGCCAACUCCAACAGGUUCUUAGGUGAGAUCCUAUCCAAGAUUCGAAAUCUGCGAUAUUUCUACGAGCUGGACCUAAGCAAUAACAAUUAUAAGGGCGAGUUCCCAAAGGCUGUCCUCACAGCUGCAAACCUGAGCUUCUUGGACCUCCGGUUCAACAAAUUUCAUGGGUACCUCCCGCCUCAAGUCUUCAACCUGGGCAAAAUCGAUGUUCUCUUCGUCAACAACAACUACUUUUAUGGUCCGAUCCCCUAUAACCUGGGCAGCACACCAGCCCGUUAUCUAACUUUUGCCAACAACCAGUUCAGUGGUUCCAUACCGCCAAGCAUUGGUAAGGCCAAGGAUACCUUAGUUGAGGUUCUCUUCCUCAACAACCAGUUGUCGGGGUGCCUACCUUACGAGAUCGGCUUCUUGAAAAAGGCAACGGUGUUCGACGCCGGGAACAACCACUUGACGGGUCCGAUACCCUACUCGUUCGGGUGCUUGGAGAGGAUGCAGUUGCUAAACUUUACUGGGAAUAAAUUGUACGGGCCGGUGCCGGAGGUGGUAUGUGGGCUUCCCAGCCUGGCAAACUUUUCUCUAUCGGACAAUUACUUCACGCAGGUGGGUCCCAAAUGUAGGGAGUUGAUCAAGAAGGGAAAACUUGAUAUACGUAAUAACUGCAUUCUGGACCUACCGUCACAGAGACCUGCCGACCACUGUGAGAAGUUUUUCUCCAGUAAUCCAAAGUACUGCUCCGACCUGAAGACCAAUACUAUGAUUCCAUGCAGGCUUCGUCCCUAUUCUGAGGAAACCUACUCCACACCUCCGGCAACUGCAAUCAGUCCCUCGCCUUCUUACAAUGCUCUCAUAAAGCAUCGGUUAUGACGGAAGUAGCUAGUAGCUACACCUACACCCUCGCUCCAUGCAUCCAUCAAUUGUCCCUGUAUUUCGGUAUUAAUUCCUCCACUUGUACCUCUACUGUAAACAAAAUUAAGCAAAAUAAUGGACGCACGUCUCGUUACAAAUCCAGUGUUUAUAUUGUAAUUGUAAUAGCCUAAGCAAUCGCUCCGGUGUAACAGUCGGACGCGCACAUGCAGCAAAUAUGUAUACUACUACGUAUUACUACUACUACUUUUAAACAAGAUAACCGUAAUUCGUGUGCAACAAUUUCCUUUA